UGCAACUCUUUGGAUAAAGUUGAAAGAAUUGACGAAACAUACUUCAAUAGCUUAGUAUAAUAAAUAAAUUAAUUUCAAUAGUAUGGAUGAGUGUCGGGUCUUGUCAAUACAAAGCCAUGUCGUUCGUGGAUACGUUGGGAACCGAUCAGCUGUUUUUCCUCUGCAGAUUCUUGGAUUUGAAGUUGAUUUUAUAAACUCAGUGCAAUUCUCAAACCAUACUGGGUACCCAGUUUGGAAAGGUCCUGUUCUCUCCUGCACAGAAAUUGAAGAACUUUAUGAAACUCUGAAGGCAAAUGAUGUUAUUAAAUAUGACUAUGUGCUUACAGGUUAUUGCUAUGAUAAAGAUAUGCUGCUGAAGUUAGUUCACAUAAUCAAGGAAUUAAAAGAGAGAAAUCCAAAUCUUAUUUAUGUUUGUGAUCCAGUAAUGGGAGAUACGUGGAAUGGUAAAGGGAAAAUGUACGUACCUGAAAACAUAAUGCCAGUGUUCAGAGACCAAGUCGUACCUAUAGCAGACAUCCUGACUCCCAAUCAAUUUGAGGCCGAGUUAUUAACAGGCAUGAAGAUUAAAAACGAAUCUGAUGCACUGAAAUGUAUGCAAGUAUUACAUGAAAGAGGACCAAAUACUGUUGUAUUGAGCAGUACAGAGCUCGGUGAAAGCGGAAAACACAUGAUGUGUUAUUGCAGUAGAAAAGGAGAGAAGUACCAACAACUGCGAGUUUCAAUUCCAGUUAUUGGAGAAGCAUUUGUAGGCUCUGGAGAUUUAUUUGCCGCAACAUUCCUAGCCUGGUCUCAUCGACAUCCUAAAGACAUGAAAACCGUUUGUGAAAAAGUUCUUUCUACUAUGCAACAUGUAUUAAAGAGAACGCAAACGGCAGCUGAAGCGCUGGCAGGCCCAGGGAAAAAGCCAACGUUGCCACAACUAGAGCUGAAACUUAUACAAAGUAAAAGAGACAUCGAAGAUCCAACCAUUUGUAUCAAAGCAGAAGAAAUCAAGUCUUGAUAUGCUAUCCAUGGUGACUAAACAGAGUGAAAGUUACUAGCUUUUCUAUGUCCAGAAACAUAAUUGAGUGUUUUACCAAAUAUUCAUCAUAUAUAUAUAUGUUAUUUGUUUGCUAUGACCACUUCAUUAAUCUUACUAUUAAACAUAGAAUUAUAUUUCAAAAUUUUAAUAUAUUUAUCAUCGGAAAAUUCUGAAUCAGUGUUCAUCAACCUUUUUUGAAAUGGUACACCCUUUGGUACUCUCGUAGUAUGUGAACCAAGAUGGCGGACAUCGGUCGUAGUAUGUGUACCAGGUUAGGGUUAGGCGAUAAUUUCAUUAUAAUUUCCCUUAUUAUAGUUCUAUUACGGGUUACGGGACUAGCCAAGCGACUCCAGUAGUAUUCGCACCUUAAAUUAUGAUCUAACCCUAACCUGAUACACAUACUAUGUUGCGGUGUCCAUCAUCUUGGUUCACAUAUUACGGGAGUACCGACUUUUUAAACUUUACUCAAAAUCUGAUACACCUCGUCCAUCCUAUAAUAAUUUUCACAUUAACGAAAGAAUCACGGCGCUCCAUAAGUGUGUGUACCAAUAUGGAGAUAAAUAAUUUCGUUACCUAUUUUACAUCAAGUUGUGUAAAGGGACUAAAACCUAUGUGUAGGGGGUAUGUUCACUCGGUUAAAACAGACAGUCCCCGAACUCGUAAUAGAACU